AUGCCCUGCAGCUUUUUUAAUGAACAACAAUCUACUAGUUCUGCAGCUACACCAAAUUGUUCAUUCAUGAUGUUUGAAUUACUAACUGAUGUUACUUUACUAACUACAGAAACCAGUAGUAUGGAUGAGAUUGUUACAUUGUGUAAAGCAGAAUACAAAGGAAAUACAAUAGAAGAAGGCCGCAUUGCUGAAUUUCAACAAACAUAUACGCCAGAAACAUCAAUCACUUGGUACACAAGAGAUUGCUUUGUUUACAGAAUUCUAAAUAAAGCACUUCGAGUACAAAAUAUUGAAGUUUUACUUGCAUUUCGAUUUCUAAUCAAAGAUAUCUACGAACAACUGAAAAAGUUACAGCAGAAUCAGCAUACCAACCUCGUCACAGUUUAUCGUGGUCAAAUUUUACCUAUUGUCGAUUUGCAAAGAAUGCAUCAAAAUAAUGGAGAAAUCAUAUCAAUUCAUAGCUUUUUAUCUACAAGUUAUGAUCGUUGGCAAGCUAUGGGAUUCGUUUUAAGUUCUCCACAAGAUCACAACU